CUUAAUAUAAUCCUUCCAGCUGGUUUCUUAUAACAAUACCAAACUCUUUGAGUUGUUGAGUGAGUGAGUGAGUGAGUGAGUAAAGUAUUAUCACUACUUCUUCUCUUCUGCACUUUUCAGUAGAUUGUUCUGUUUCUUGCAAGAUCGGAUUUUUAAGAGUGAGAGAAGAGAAGAAGAAGAGGACUGUGGAUUUUAAUGGAGAAAGAACUUUGUCGAAGACAUCUCUCAAGAGAAGGGAUAGGAUGUGCGUGGGUGUUUAUGAGCAUGUUUGAUUUCAGACAUGGUGGAUCUAACCAGAAGCUUUUGAUGGAUAAGAAACGUGGAAGCAAACGAAUCAUUGGUAAUAACGGAAUGUUUGAGACUAAAGUGGAGAAGCAGCUUACCUGUGACUGUGACUGUGAGGAGAGUGAAGAAGCUGAGAUGCAGAGUGUCAAGAAACUCAUUGAAGAGGAGAUUGAUGAGAAGACUAAGCAAAAGUGUGAGGCCAGAAACCGGAAGAGGAGAAGUAGACCCUGCAGCAAAAUCAGUGAGGAUGUCAAUGUUUUGAUUGCUGGUCAUGACGAUCAUGCAGAGAAAUUAGAUGAUGAUCAAUGUCCAAGAAGUUCUCAGCACGAAGUGGAUUUGGUAAACGAUGAUGAUUCCGAAGAGAAGUUCAGCGAGUUGAUAAAGCGGUUGAUAGCUCAGAAGGAUAACGAGGUAGAGAAUUGCGACAACCUGGUGGAUGCAUAUCAGGUCUUGGAUUCUAAAGCAGGAUCAUUCUUGAAUACUGGUACACCAAUUUCAGGGGAUUCUCAGAGAGUCAAAGAGACAAGCUCUCCAUAUGAAAGCAGAACUUCUCAAUGCACACAAACAAUUGUAAUUCUGAAGCCUGAACCAAAUAGCUUGGAUGUUGGAUCAUCACCUGGAACACCUUCUGCAGACAACAAGGCCAAAUAUGGGAGAUUUGGUUCUCGCUUAUUUCUCAGUAGAAUCAGAAGAAAACUAAAUUUUGCUGUUGGAAAGAAUCCAUGCAAUGUUCAACAUGACUCUGAUCCUGAUUCAGAUGUAUUGUCGUCUAACAUGAGUCAGAACGGUUGUUUGGGAGAAGAGUCCGAUACUACUUCUGGAAGGCAUAUUGCUUCCGGAAGGCAUGUUUUAGGUGGAGAAAUAUUGCCUGACAUUGCUUCAAAAAGUGACACCAUCCAUGGGAGAGAAGAUUCAAAGAAGAGUAUGUGUGAUAUAUACAUUGCCGCCAAGAAACACCUGUCUGAAAUGCUUGCAGAAGGAGAUAUAGAUGCUGAUUCACCGGAUAAAGAAGUACCAAGAAUCCUUGGGAAGAUUCUUGCUCUCCCUGAGUUCUCCACACCAGAAAACAGUCCUAGAGUGACCUUGGCACAUGAGUUUGUUGUUGAUCAGAAUACCGAGAAACCAAAGAUUCAGCAGUGCAGUUCAGAUCAAUACUCCCAGCUACUAGUAUCUGAUUCAAAGACAUAUGAAGAAACAGCCUCUACCGGUGAUCUUCCAGUUCCUAGAGCAGGCAUUUCAGACACCAAGAUGGAAGAGGAAGAGAAGACUGUUCUGGAUUCAUUGUCUGAAGCAAUUAACGCUUCCAUUACCCACCAAGAUGCAUACAUUGAUGAGGAUGAGCAAAAGCAACCCUUACAAAAGGAAGUAUUUGAUGAGGGGAAAUUACCGUGUUCUCCACCAAACUCUUUAGGAAAAAUGUCUGAUUGCCAAGAAAAUACCACAGAUGUGCUGGGAAAGUCAAGUCCUGUGUCUGUGCUUGAGCCUUUCUUUACAGAUGAUGACACUAGUCCAAACAGCUCCAGGUCCUCUUCAGUCGAAAUGCGCAUGCAACCCCUGUGCAUAAGAUUCGAUGAAGCUGAUUCUCCAAGAACCAACAAAGAAAAUGAUGUCAAAACUAGAAUGAAUGACAAGGAAUUGGCUCUAGCAUACAUUCAAGCCGUGGUGAAAUCCUCAGAGUUGAACUGGGAAGAGCUUUUGGCGAGAUCUUUUUAUUCGGAGCAGCUUCUUGAGCAGGCUUUAAUGAAUGACAUAGAUUUCUGUUCUACAAAUCUCUGCAGCGAUAAGAAACUCCUUUUUGACUGUAUCAAUGAAGUUCUUACGGAGUUUUGUGGACAUGGCCCUUGGGUUUCAUUCGUCAAACCUGCAGUUCGGUUUUUUCCAGACAUGGAAAAUGCUGUUGAAGUUGUACAAGAAGAAGUUUACUGGCAUCUCUUACCGUUGCCUUCCCCUCACACACUAGACCAGAUAGUGCAGAAAGACCUGGCUAGGGCUGGAUGCUGGAUGGACCUCCGCUUUGAUAUCGGUUGCAUAGGAUCUGAAUCAGGUGAAAUGAUCCUUGAUGAACUAUUAGAAGAGAUAAUCACCAACUGCAUAAGCUUGAUUCGAGCUGAAACGAUGAACGAAACCACUCUACACAAUCUGGUUACUUGAGUUUGACUGCUCCAACCAACACUCGUGCUUACAAGGAAUGCACUAAUGGUCAUCAAGAGGCCCCUUUGUUUACUCUGUACAGUGUCACUUCCACUUCCAUGUACAAGCUAUAGUUUCCCUUCUUGUGCAGAUACACACAACCACAGCUUUUUCAUACCCAAAGAUUGCAAAAGAAACACUUUGUUUUGUCUCUUUCGGUAAUUCUGUUUUUCUUUCCCAUUUGGCUUCUGUAGAGUUUCGAGUUAUGUUGUGAAUGUUAGAUGUAUCAUGUUGUUAAUUUGUUAUAUGAGAUCAAAUAAAACAAGGCUUGAAUAUGUUUCAGCCAACUUGCUUCA